AUGGUUGCGCCGGCCGUGCCUGAGCUCACCGAGGAGAUUCUUCAUGAAUCAGUUGACGCUCGAUCCGAAUCCCUUAUUUCCCUUCGCGAGCUUGGCCCUCCCGAUCUCGUCCACCUCUUGAAGCAUUCUACAAGAAACCCUGGCAAGCAGAUCGGUGUCUACCAUCAUGUCACCGGUGUCGAUGCAUCCUCUUCGGCCAGUCUUGCCGCCUACAUCAAUACCUUGACUUACCGCGAGCAUGGCCAGGCCGCGCAAACCAAGAUCUCGGAGGGCUUGUAUUGCUGUUACAACGCCUUCUCACGACUUGACAUGCGAGUCCACGUAACGAUACCCGGAACUGUCGAGAGCUACUGCGUAGACGAACGAGGCGAUAAGCGUAAGGCUACAGAUGACCUGUGGCUAGAGACCUACCUCUGCAGCGUGCUGCGAGCCUACUCUUAUGCCGACGAUGGAAGCGGAGAGACCAUCCGCAAGAUCAUGGGCGUGCGCAGAUUCAACCCCGUCACCAACACCGAAACCGAACAUCGUUUUCUCAACGCCGCCGAACAGCUGUUCUUCAGAGGUUGGCAACUCGGUUCCGACAGUGUCGUUCAAGUGCCGAACAAUGUCUCGAACCAUCUGACCGCUGGCCUCCUCAAGUACUUCCAGACGACGGGGCGCUACGCCUCCGGUAUCAACCUCUUUGAAAAGCUCAGGGAUCAGAACGUUGAGGUUUCCUCCCUUCUGGCCAAGGUUUUGUUCAUGGGCAACGAGGAGGUCGAGGGCGUCAGAGUGCUUCACCAGGCGCUGAAAGAAUCACCCAUGGACUAUGUCAUGCUCGACACCCAAGCCGAAUUCCUCCUCAAGAAGGCGCAAACUGCCACAACCCCCGAACAGAAAGAAGAGAGACUUCGCUUGGCUCUGGGCUGUGCCGAUCGCAGCACCAUUGCCGCCCCGAGCGAAUUCGGCACCUGGGCGCGCUUGGCCCAGGUCUACGUGGCAAUGGAGGACUGGGAGAACGCCCUCACCAUCCUCAACUCUUGCCCAAUGUUCACUUACCAGGACAAGGACGCGCCGCAGAUGCCGGAACCCAAGGACGUUCAUCUGCCGACCCUCCCCGAAACUCGAUUGGACGAGAUUGACAGCGAGCCCGAGUCCAGGUACUCGGAGCAGGUGGAUGCGAGUCUCCUGAACCUGCGAGCUGCGGUUUAUAAAGGAACCUUCAAGCAGGCUUAUGGCAUUCUGACGGAGAUGACGUCCAAGAUCGGAUGGGACCAGCUCCUCAAGAUCCGAAGCACUGUGUUUGUGAUGGAAGACGAGUACCGUUCCGAGAAGCACGAGACAUCGCAGCCUCAACGUAACCCAAGCACGGAUGGCCUUCGUGGAACCCCCGACCCCACGACGAACGGCGACCAAUCAGACUCGGAGAAGGAUGACGACGAAGAUGACGACGAGAAGCCCAAACCGGCAGACACCGAGUCAACUGCCGAGACGUUGGCGACAAAUGGGCAGGCGGAGGGCGAACCCGUGGAGAAGCCCACUCACGCGAUAGAUCCCGGCGAAUUGAAGGGAGAUGCGGAAAACGGCGCACAGACAGAUGACCAUCUCUCCAAGCUCAACAACAAACGCCUUUGUGAACGCUGGCUGGACAGCCUGUUCAUGGUUCUGUACGAGGACCUCCGCGUUUACACGAUUUGGCGCACACAGAUGGCCCAGUACAGGGCGCAGUCAAUGCAGUAUAAGAAGUCUGCUGAGGAAUGGGAGAUUCUUGGAUCUCUGGCCGAGAGACUGCAGCACGCAGACGAGGCCGUCGAGGCGUACAGGGCUUGUCUCGCCGCACGGUUCAGCCCCAAAGCUUUGACGGGUAUCCUCCGUGUAUUCGAACAGAACAAGAACACGCGCGAGACGGUCGCGUCAGUCAUCCGCCUAGUCACCUGGCAGUACAGGUGGUACUCGGAGUUCUCUCCGGAACUCCUCCAUACUAUCCGGACGCUCAUUGAAGAUGAAGGCGCGGUCAAGGUCAGGAGCAUCAUUCAAGCCACGAGCCUGCCGCAAGAAGUACUCGAUCUCACUCACCACUACGCCGCGCUCUGUGCCACUUUCCGCAGCAGCGGCACCGAUGGUUAG